GUCAAUGCCUCUGCGAUCAUAUCAAUGGUCUCUGCAUACAUACCCACUGCCAUGCCUACCCUGACCUCCAGCGACAUGGCUCGCAUAUUCGAUAAGCUCGACCGGAACGGCGACGGGCUGGUGAGCCUGGAGGAGCUCAACUGGCUCCUGGACAGAACUGGGUUGGUGCCGCUAGGCCUAGAGGAGCUGCACUCCCUCGUGGGCAAACCCUGCCUGGACUUCAAUGACUUCAUGUUCUUCUACAGCUCCAUAUCGAGCUCGCAGGGCGACGGCGGCGGCGAGAGCGAGGCCGUGGCCGCGGAGGAGGAGGAGAGGGACCUGGCGAAGGCGUUCGAGGUGUUCGACUUGAACAGGGACGGAUUCAUAUCCUGCGAGGAGCUGCAGAGCGUGCUCAGCAGAUUGGGGCUGUGGCAGGAGAACUGUGGUAAAGAUUGCAGGAACAUGAUUAGGACUUACGAUACCAAUUCAGAUGGGCUGCUUGAUUUUGAAGAGUUCAAGAAGAUGAUGCUGCUUGCCAUUUCUUGAUCCAUACAUAUGUAUAAAAUCCAUUUCAAUCUUUGAUUGUUGAAUUAAUUCUUCUGUGGAAUGUUUUGUGUACGUAUAAAAUCAAAAUCAAAAUUGCAUCA